AUGAUUGCCCUCUCCCCAUACAGCAGCAAAGGUCACUGCAUUUACCUCCUCGUCCUCCUCAGCAGCAGCAAAGAGCAUAACUUCCAGCCCCUACUCCUAGGGCUCCUCCUCAGCAGCAAAGGUAGCCAGGUAGACCUCCCUAGCAGAAGCAGUAGCAACAGAGACAGCACUAGCACCAGCACCAGUAGAGGGGAUAUCCUGUUAGUGGGUGAGAUGUUUCUUCCUGUUGAUCUGUUCAUGAUACCGAUGAUAGGAUUUGACGUUAUUCUAGGUAUGGACUGGCUUGCGAAGUAUGGUGUCAUCUUAGGCUGUGCCGCGAGGAUAGUUACGUUCCACAUUCCAGGCUUGCCACUACCAGUUGUUUACGAGUACCCAGAUGUAUUCCAAGAGAUACCGGGUUUGCCGCCGCGUCCACAGGUGGAGUUUCAAAUUGAUUUGGUGCCCGGUACCAUGCUUAUCUCGAAGGCCCCCUAUCGGAUGACACUGUUGGAGUUGAGGCAACUGCAGGAGUAG